GCCCCCAACCCAUCGUCUUCUCACUGUCCAUUUCUCAUUCAUAAAUACUACCACCCACCACCACCACCAUCCCCACACACACAUAUACACACAAAUAUCAAAUAACCCAAUGUCACAAUUCAACUAAUCUUCAGUCCCAAACACCCCUAAAUCAUCUUCUACCAAUUAUUAUAUACAAUAAAGUUUUGUGGGUAAAGAUUUUGGAGCUCCAAUUUCACAACGUGUGCAGAGUAAAUAAAGAUCUUCUAGAUUCGGUCGCAUAGAGACAUCUACAUAGAUGCUACUACCCACACGGUGAACACGGUUUUCACUCCACCAGCCGCCCUCGCCGCUACCUCCCUAUCAACCACAACGACACUACCUCCGACCGCACCAUCCGGCAAGCCAACACAAAGAAAAGCACAUAAGGUGAAUACCAAUAAAUGUUAAAAAAAAAACUCGAAGAUGCACAAUCAAUUACACCCGUCACAUCGUGCGAGCUAAAAUAACUAGUUCUAAACAUCUCUAACGAUGUUAAUCCGUCAUAUCAAUUCCCUUUUUACCCUUACAUUUGUUCUUAAUUACGCUUCCGCCCUCACCUCCGACGGCCUCUCUCUCCUUUCCAUCAAAUCCGCCGUAGACGGCGGCGACACGGUGUUUUCCGACUGGAACGACAACGACGACACCCCGUGCAACUGGACCGGAGUCUCGUGCGCCAACAUUUCCGGCAUUUCCGAUCCACGUGUCGUCGGAAUCGCCCUCGCCGGAAAAAACUUAACCGGUUACAUCCCGUCGGAGCUCGGAAACCUAGCCUAUCUUCGGCGGCUUAACCUACAUGACAACAACUUCCACGGCUCAAUUCCUGAUCAAAUCUUCAAUGCGACGUCGCUUCACAGCUUGUUCCUGUACGGAAACAAUCUCUCCGGCGACCUUCCGUUGUCAAUUUGUAACCCUAACCGUCUCCAAAACGUUGACUUAUCUCACAACUCACUCUCCGGAACCUUACAGAAGUAUCUAGGUAACUGCCGGCAGUUACAACGGUUAAUUCUCGCGGGAAACAACUUUUCCGGCGAAGUUCCGGCAGGUAUUUUCCCUGCGUUAGCGAACUUAAUCCAACUCGAUCUCUCGUCAAAUGCAUUCAACGGAUCGUUACCGUACGAUAUCGGUCAGUUAAAAUCGUUAUCCGGAACGUUAAAUCUCUCGUUCAAUCACUUCACCGGAAAGUUACCGCCGUCGUUAGGUGAGUUACCGUUGACCGUUAGUUUUGACCUCCGGCAUAACAAUUUCAGCGGCGAAAUACCGCAAACCGGUUCGUUUGCGAACCAAGGCCCAACGGCGUUUUUAAACAAUCCGUUGUUGUGCGGUUUUCCGUUGCAAAAAACUUGCCGCGACAACGGUUCGACGGUGGUUACACCGGGAACUCAGAGUUUAACGCCGAGAGUUAACGGUGAUGAGUCGAAAAAAGGGUUGAAACCGGGGUUGAUCAUAUUGAUUUCGGUUGCGGAUGCGGUUGGUGUUGCAUUGAUUGGGUUGGUUAUUGUUUAUUUGUAUUGGAGAAGAAAAGAUUCAAAUGGUUGUAGUUGUAGUUGUAGUAGAAGAUUUGGCGGGAAUAGCAAGUCGAAAUUCUGUUGGUUUCCUUGUGUAAGUAGGUUUCCGAACACGGAUUCCGAGGUGGAGUCGGAAAAAGGGGAUGGUGGUGGCGGUGGCGGCGGUAGUGGUGGUGAAGGGGGGAAGCUUAUUGCUAUUGAUAAAGGGUUUAGUUUCGAGUUGGAUGAGUUGUUGAGGGCUUCGGCUUAUGUGUUGGGGAAGAGCGGGUUGGGGAUUGUGUAUAAGGUGGUGCUCGGGAAUGGGAUUCCGGUGGCGGUUAGGCGGUUGGGCGAAGGCGGGGAGCAGCGGUAUAAGGAGUUUGUGGCGGAGGUUCAGGCGAUCGGGAGGGUGAAGCAUCCGAAUGUGGUGAAAUUGAGAGCUUAUUACUGGGCUCCUGAUGAGAAACUACUGAUUAGCGAUUUCAUUUCGAAUGGCAACUUGGCUUCCGCGUUAAAAGGUCAAACAUCUACGAUUCUUUCAUGGUCAACGAGGCUAAGGAUCGCGAAAGCCACUGCAAGAGGGUUAGCGUAUAUACACGAAUGUAGCCCGAGAAAAUAUGUUCAUGGAGACAUCAAACCCUCGAAUAUUCUCCUAGACAACGAAUAUCAACCCUACAUAUCUGAUUUCGGUUUGAACCGUCUAAUUACCAUAACGGGAAACAACCCAUCCUCAUCGGGUGGUUUCAUGGGUGGGGCCCUCCCGUACUUGACACAAACCGAAAAAGUCAACAACUACCAAGCACCCGAAGCCCGAGUGUCAUCCAACCGACAUACACAAAAAUGGGAUGUCUACUCUUUCGGUGUAGUUUUGCUUGAACUGCUAACCGGAAGGUCACCGGAGUUUUCACCUCCGACAACCUCAACGUCGAUUGAGAUCCCGGAUCUUGUGAAGUGGGUCCGGAAGGGGUUUGAGGAUGAAACUCCUCUUUCCGAUAUGGUGGACCCAAUGUUGCUUCAAGAAGUGCACGCGAAAAAGGAAGUGCUAUCGGUCUUUCACUUAGCCCUCGCGUGUACUGAACGAGACCCUGAUAUUCGACCUCGAAUGAAAACAGUGUUGGAAAGUCUUGAAAAAAUUAGAACAUAAAGUAAUAAUUUUUUUUUAUUAUUUUUUUGUUGUAAUGUAACACAAAGUUGUAAUUUUUUUGGUGAUGGGAUGUCACACAUUGGUGGUUGACAAAAUCUCUUAUUUUCCAAGUAAAGAAAGGUACAUUUUGUGGGAGGAUUGUGUUUAGUUAUACAGUUUAUGUUGUUGGUUCUUUGAUUCAACGCUGAAUAUAUAUUAUAUUAUAUCAUGUAUGACUUUUGGUCA